AAGCGCAAUUUUUUACAUUUGCACUAUAUUAUAUCGGAUUGUUAUUAAGCGUCUUUUGCGGUGAAGAGGCCGAGAGCUGUGAAACGCGGAGGGUCUUGAGGCUGAGCGAAAGCGACAGAGACUCAGGAAACAUAACAUAAUUUAUGGAGGCAUUUUACUUGUCAUCUAAAUCUACUUUUUAGAGGGAUACAGGCAUCUCCAUAUGUACUUAUGACUGACCAGUUACACAGCAGGACAUCUUCAGUGCCUGUUCUGCUGCAUUUUAGGAGGCUGAGUUGAGAAAGGUCACUGCAUGAUGGCUGGGGAGGACUACCACUAUGGGGAAGACGAUGACUAUGGAAUUAACCCAUAUGAAAGUUUUAUGAAAAAGCAUCUCCAGCAUUAUGGCUAUUACACAGGGAAGAACCAGAACUACAAGAACCAGUUCCAGCAAUACGCAGAGUGGGAGAAGAACUACGCCUACAACCUGAGCAGCAGCAGCGACGACUCUGCCUCCGACUCGGACGAAGAUGAUAAGAACGCAGAAAACAAGCCAGAUGACCUUCGCACUACACAGCUCAUCUACAGCUAUGGGGACUCAGGGAAGAUGGUCCCCAAACUUCGAGAGCCACGGAGUCUGUACGCUUUGAACAAGGAGCUGGGCCCUCAGCAGGCAGCUAGAUGGCCUUCAGACCUCCAGGUGAUCAAUGAAAAAGUCCACCACAUACAGACUGUACCUCCUGAGCCAGAACCCUUCUAUAAGAACACUGGUUAUGAAAAAUGUCCCAUGGUGAGGGGAGAGUCGAACGGAGGCCGGGUUGUUUUCGGUUACGACACAAAAUCCAAAUUUUUCAUCAAGUCACGUGUGGGCGGAUCCCGCAAUGGCUGUGACCCCUGUGCUGUGGGCUUGGAGUCAGACAACGACACGACUCUCAUAUUUGAGUCGCGGUUCGAAAGUGGCAACCUGGGAAAAGCUGUACAGAUCGGGGAGACAGAGUAUGAGCUGUCACUGAGGUAUGACCUCUACACCAACAAACACACGCAAUGGUUCUACUUCCGCGUGUCCAACACUCGCAAGGACAAGGAGUACCGCUUCACCAUCAUCAACUUCAUGAAGCUGCUCUCAACAAAGUAGGCUGGGUUCGGGCAGGGCAGAACAUUAAGUACUACAAGAACAAUGUCAGGUAUGAGGCCGGCAGAGCAGACCACUACUACUACUCAAUGACCUGGACGGUUCGCUUCGAGCACGACCAUGACACGGUUUACUUCUCUCAUUGCUACCCCUACACCUACACAGACCUGCAGGACUAUCUUCUAGAAGUAUCCAACGACCCCAUCAAGUCUCGGAUCUGCAAACAGCGAGUUUUGUGUCGGACGCUGGCAGGGAACCUUGUGUACAUACUCACUAUCACAUCUGCAUCUCAGUCUCCAGAGGACAUGAAGCACAAGAAAGCUGUAGUAGUGACAGCACGGGUUCACCCAGGGGAGAGUAACGCAAGCUGGAUGAUGAAAGGUUUUCUCGAUUUUGUCACUGGAAGCUCCGCUGAUGCCAAGUUGCUGAGAGACACGUUCAUCUUCAAAGUGGUUCCCAUGCUCAACCCUGACGGGGUCAUCGUGGGGAACUACCGGUGUUCUCUGGCGGGCCGUGACCUCAACCGAAACUACAAAAGCUCCCUGAAGGACGCCUACCCCUCUGUGUGGCACACAAAGAAUAUGAUACGCAAGUUGCUGCAAGAGAGAGACAUUAUAGUUUAUUGUGACCUUCACGGGCACAGCCGACGCCAAAAUGUGUUCAUCUACGGCUGUGAGCAAUCGCACCAUUCCAACAAACGCUUCCACGAACGCAUUUUUCCUUCCAUGCUUAACAAGAACUCCCCUGACAAGUUCUGCUUCAAGUCAUGCAAGUUCAAAGUUCAGAAGAGCAAAGAGGGCACAGGUCGUGUGGUCAUGUGGAACAUGGGAGUCCACAACAGCUACACAUUAGAGGCCACAUUCUGUGGUUCAAGUAUGGGCAAGAAGAAAGGUCUCCACUUCAGUCAGAAAGACUUUGAGAUGAUGGGCUACCACUUCUGUGACACUCUCCUGGACUACUGUGACCCCGACAAUACAAAGUACGCUAAAAUCCUGGUUGACCUUGAGGACCGGCACAAGAUGGAGGUCAUGACCAAGAUCGCGCAACGUGGCCUGCAGCCGGACAGCGGUGCGGAGGUCACUGACCUCUCCGACACAGAGUCCAGUGAUGGUGGAUCUGACAGCUCCAUCUCAGACGGUCCUCCGGUCCAUCUCCAGUACGCUGCUGCCAGGCCUAAGAAGAAAAGACUGAAGAGUAAAAAGGACAGGGACAAGGUUCGACCCCCAGCCAAAGAGGACUUGAAGAAAACACUAGCCUCUCAGGAGGACAAGAGAAUGAGACACAACCAGGUGAAGCCUCUCAGAGGUGAUCUGGGAAAGUCCCAAACAAUGCGCUACACGUCCACAAGUCCGAAGCGACCGAGGUCCAUUGACGAGAGGACCAACUCUGGCAUACCAGUCUUUGUGCAGGAACGCUUUGAGGAGAAGCAGCAGAAGCGACAUGACUACUUAGAGGCAUUGACGGCUGCCUACAUCAGCAACAACAUUCCCAUCGCCAACGACCCAGCCGACACCCCCAGCAUGGACGAGCUACUCCGCGCCCACCUGGCCCACCCUGCCUCCAUCAACCCGCUGGACAGACGGCACAAGCCACACCUCCUGGAAGUGUCCGCCGCGCAGCAACGCCAGACAGACGCCCUGAGCAGGGACAAGAACAGCCCUAUCAAGACACACCCGAACCCGUUUGAUGAGAAGGAGUCACCGAGAAAAGGUCUAAGCUCGGGACAUCCCAAGUCCCAGGUACCGUCACAGACCCAGUACGUCAACUACAACACAUUCAGCGUCUCUAGGGUUCCAGACAUUAAUGGCGCUGGUGGGGAUGAGGUCAGAGGCCAGGAUCAAGCGGAAGGUGGAGAUGAUAAGACAGCUCGGCGGGGCCCCCACAGGGAUAGAGUCAAAAGCGGACGGAAAAGCCGAAAAGGAAUGCAUGAAGACGACACUGGAGAUGAAUUUGAGAUUGGUGGUAAACAAACCAUCUUUGACACGAGGGAUGAGCAGAGUAGCCACACCCCACGCGUCCAGUCUGCCCAGGGCAGCAAACAGAUGACCACUGCUGUGUCCGGUGUCCAGGAGAUGCAGAAGUCUCUGAGCCGGAAAGGAGAAGAAGGAGACCCUACAACUGGAAACCAGCUGGCCGGGGAAUACAUUCAAAAGUUAAUUGAGGAGACGAACGAGGAAAUCAAAGAUCUAACCUAUGAGAUACAAGAAGACAUUGAGAAGAAGCAUCAGCAUAAACAGCGCAGGAGUCGAGGUGUGGCCGCUGCAGGUGAUGUGAAGUCACGACCUCCGGUAACGGGGACAGACAAAGGUCAACGGAUGCAGCUUGAGGUUGGCUAUCAUGGGACAACCUUCGUCAGUGACCUUGGGAAAUCCAAGCACUCGGAAGAACGUAUUCCUGGAGGGUAUCUGGCAGGUCGAACUACUGGUCAGCCUCACACUUCGUCAGCUUCCUCUUUCACGGGGAUUGGUGGCAAGGGAAGUAGUUCCAGGAAUGGAGAGCACCUGUCGUACACUGUUAACACCCCCGACCCUCUCAAACUGACGGCGGGCCCGAGGUUAGUGGUAGCCAAUCACAGACCACGAGAGAUGACCAUUGAGGAGGAGGCAAGAACGCGGAGCCUGAAAAGACAGGCCAGCCUCAACUCGGGAACAGCAGGGGUCUAUCUCAACGGUCAGUCUGGACGUCGCUCAGAGAUGCAGAUGUCAGACAAAGACUUGCUGUUAGCAGGGGAGAGCACCCCAAAUCUCGGCCAGCUGGAUGAAGAGUACGCCACGGGUUCCCGCGCGCACCGCGACCUCCACUCGGCACACAGCGCGUCGGGAGUGAGGCUGAACAAGCAGACGCUGGUGUUCCGAGGGCGGGCCGGUGGGGCUGGUGGUGGUGCCGCUGAGGCGGGUCCAGUGGCCACUCCUAGGGGCGCUUCCCAGCUGUCGGAUCACCAGGAGGGAGACACGACAGAGGUAAAACAUCAGGGGGGGGUGGUUUUGUUGUACGGAUUUAUUGUAACAGUUGUAAAUGUUGUAUACAGUGGAGUGUCCACUUUUAACGAGUCCUGAAAUAACGAGAGGUCUGUUGUAAAGUGUAAAGACACUAUUCUAAAACCCCAGGGAUUUUUUUUUCCUUCUUUAUCUUUGUGAAUAAAAUAUUGAUAUAGCGCCAUCAGACUAACACGCGAGUUGGUUAUAGUGGAAUUUUCCUGCUCUGUGCACAGCGCAUAGGCCAAUACACGUUACACCAGUUGAGAAACUCGUUGGUGAUCUUGCAAAACAAAGAAAGGAAGAGCCCACGUGGGCCAACAAUGAAGGCUGGAGUGAAUGAGUGGGGAGGGUGUGGCUUUCAAGCAGACAAACAGAACGCAUCCCUUGAUAGGCCAGCCUAUUCUAGAUUAUCUAGGCCUACCAUGCCUCUCACUUCUCCGAUGCGGGAAU